GAGACAAACAAAAAUCAUCGAAACUCAAACUGAACGACAAAGAGCAGCCUUCAAAUAUGUCAUACUCGUUCUAUAAUGAGCUCCACAUUGAGAGAACAUUGUGUGAUGCAUUUCUCAAAGUGGAUACUGUCGAAUUUCCAGUCCAGAAGAUCAUCCUCUGUAACUGUAGUCCAUAUUUCCGGGAUUACUUCACACGCUUGAACCCCCCAGACCAGAAGGACUUCAACAUAUCUGGCCUGUCUCCUGACAUGAUGGAGCUCAUCAUUGACUUUGCGUACACUGGCUCAGUCUUCGUGACGGAGGACAACGUACAAGAACUUCUGCUAGCAGCCGAUCAAUUCAAGGUAAUGGGUGUCAUAAAAAUCUGCUGUGACUUCCUUGGGGAGCAGCUCUGCCCAGAGAACUGCGUUGGCAUCUGGCAGUUCACAACCAUAUCCUUUUUCCCCGAACUGCGUGCCAAGGCCUACCAAUACAUCCUCAACCACUUUGAGCAGGUUGUUGCAGAGGAGGAGUUCCUAAACCUCACUGUGGAGGAACUUGCCGAUAUCCUUGAUAAUGAUCACCUCGAUGUCCAGGAGGACACUGUGUAUGAAGCUGUGAUUAAGUGGAUCGCCCAUGCACCUGCAGAACGGGAGCAACACAUUUCCACUCUGUUGCCUAAGGUUCGUCUGGGACUGAUGACUGUAGAGUACCUAAGGCAAAAUGUGCUGUCUAAUGAGCUGGUGAGCAGCAAUUCUGAAUGCCGGUCCAUGGCUGUUGAGGCCACCAGAGCCAUACGUGAUAUUAGAUCCAGCAGACCCGGUGAGUCUGGCUUCUAUCACCCACUUGCUCGUCCUCGCCUGCCUCAUUCCAUCCUGCUAGCCAUCGGGGGCUGGAGAGGCAUUGAUCGAACUACUAUCAUCGAGGCCUAUGAUUACCGGGCUGACCGCUGGCUCAACAUAACCAACAACCUUGAGCGUCUUCGUGGCAACCAUGGAGCUGCCUUCCUCAAUGGGUAUGUCUACUGCAUUGGUGGCUGCGACACAGUGGAGCAUUUCAGCACCGUGCAUAGAUUUGACCUGACCACUCGCACCUGGGAUGAGGUGACACCAAUGCACGACCGCCGCUGCGAUGUAAGCGUGACUGUGCUGAAUGGGUGCAUCUAUGCCAUGGGAGGCCAUGACGGAGAAGGACAACUCAACACUGCAGAGCGCUAUCAACCCGAAACCAACCAGUGGACUCUUAUUGCACCAAUGCAUGAACGGAGGAGCAAUGCCAGCUGCACAACACUUAACAACAAGAUUUAUAUUUGUGGAGGAUAUAAUGGCAACGAGUGCCUGGCAACAGCUGAAUUUUACAGCGCCGAGACAAACCAGUGGACAAUGAUCCACCCGAUGAACAGACCCCGCAGUGGACUAGGAGUGAUUGCCUAUGCGGGUCAUGUCUUUGCUGUCGGUGGCUUUGAUGGAACCAAUUAUCUUCGCACCGCUGAAGUUUAUAACACAGACACCAACGUGUGGAACAAUGUGUCCUCUAUGUUGACCCCCCGCAGAAACUUUGGCAUUGAAGUGAUCAACAACCACCUCUUUGUUGCCGGGGGCUGCAACAGAUUACUCACCCUUUUAGAUGUCGAGUACUAUGACUCUAUAACCAACGAGUGGUCCGCAGCCUGUGACAUGGGGAUUUUCCGCCAUGCCUUGAGCUGUUGCGUGGUGUCCGGACUUCCCACUUUGGCCGAGUACACCGUGCCACGUGAUGUCCUGGCACUUUCGCAAAUGCCAGAAGAACAGGAAGAGUCAGAGUCCACCUAA